UCCUACUAAUGCUUUACACCAUCUUUGCAUCAGAGGGCCACCUGCACCAUUAAGAUCAAGAUCAGGCACACGUGUGUCAGUCUGUUUUGCUGAAAUGGAAUGUGUAUGCUGAGGAGGAGAACCAGGUUUGAACAGUGUGGCACACUUUUUCUGAAACUCACAUGCUCUAUGACUGGACAGGACACUCAUGAGGAAUGCAAAAGAAAUAGUUUUCCACAAAGUCACAGAUGAAAUUAAACUGUAAAGGUUCUGACCAGACAGAAAAUACCAGAGGAAAUAGAAAAGACAAUAAACUGGAGGAGUGAAAAUACCAGCUUGACAAUUACAGUUCAUUUAGCAAACAAGAAGAGGAAGAGACAACUAGAGCCAGAUACUACCAAAGGUACCAUAAUCACCAUAUCACCGCCAAAAUGUCCUUCCCCACGAGCCACAAGACAGUGUUUGUGAUGGACCACACCCUGACAGCCUCCUCUGGGGUGAAGCUUGAGAUGGACAGCUUCAGCAAGUGUCGCAGUGGCAGCAGCAGCAAUGGAGGGGCUGGCCCAGUACACCUCCAGCCCAUGAACCUCAUCCCACUGCGUCCUGUCACCAAGUCACUCUGGACCUGUGCUGUGGAAGCCAUCACAGAGUAUUGCAGGAUUGUGUGGGAUAUAUUCCCUGGAUCCAGGUUAAUACGCUUUGUUGCUGUCGAUAAAACUGCCCACAAACUGUCAUCUUGGACCCCUGAAGAUCAAAAUUUGGCCAAUCUCAUGAAUGCUUUUAUGAUGCUUGGGCCAGCAAGGGCCAUUGGUCCUGGCAAACUGGAUCUCUUCAAGGGGCUCAGGACAGCCAUAGAGAUCUUGAUGGAACCUUCAGCUGUCCAGCAUGAGAAACGAACCUCCCUCACCGAAAGUGCCACUAAAGUUCUCAACAAAGGGAGAAUUAUUCUUGUUACAAAAAUUGACACAGAAGACGACGUUAAGACAUUAAAAGACAAGUUUCAUGACACACUUUUAUACUUGAACAAAGUGGCUGCAGCAACAGACAAUUUGAUGGCCAUUAAUCACUGUGAUCUGGUCCUCCUCAACCUGUGGCCCGAUGGUCCCGUGUGUCCCAUGCCUUGGCGGUCAUGGCCUGACGUGUCCACCAUCAUGUCCUGUGAAUUUACUAACCUCCAGGGUGGUGUCUCACUUGCACCAAAACUCUGCAACCUAGUAUUGAAACAUUAUGAUCUUGCCUCCACCACAGUCACUGGAAUACCUAUGAAGGAGGAGCAGAAUGCCAGCUCUUCAGCAAACUAUGAUGUUGAGCUAUUCCAUCCAGCUGCUGCUCAUGCUGCAAUCCUGAAGGGCAUACCAACAGAGACUGCCCACCUCAAGACCUAUCGUGAGGGUGCAGACUACGAGACAGUAACACUGAAGUGGUGCACCCCUCGCAGCAAUGCCAACAUAGAGCUCCAGCACUGCUCCUCAGCCUACCGCAUCACUUCCGUUGAUGUGAACAGCCGUCCUUCGUCCUGUUUGACAAACUUUCUACUAAAUGGCCGCUGGGUCAUGUUGGAAAUGCCACGCAAGUCUGGGAGUAAAGUUAUAUCACACAUGCUGGCUUGUCAUGGAGGGGACAUUUACAUCCACACAAUGUACACAUCUCGCAGCAUCUUGGAAGACCCUCCUUCCAUUAGUGAAGGGUGUGGAGGCCGGGUUACUGACUACAGAAUUCCUGACUUUGGAGAAUUCUUAAAAGCAAACAAACUGGCACCAUACCCAGCUUCUGCCCUGAGCAGUGAUGACAGUGCUGUGUCCACACCUUUGGUGAAGAGUAGAGAGCAGCUAAGCAGACACACCAAGUAUUGGCCCAUCACCCUUUCUACCACUUCACUCUUCACAUUGGGUCAGCAGGUUGAGCCACUCACUACAUUGAUGGUGAAGAGCACUCUUACAGAUGAUGAAGUUGUUGAGUGCAAGCAAGUGAUUCUGUGCCUGAUGAGCAUGGAAGCUCGUGGCGAUCCUCUUCCCUCCCCCAUGGCUGGCCGGGGUGGCAAGGGCAUGAAGCGAGAGGACCAGUACAGGGCUGUGUGGGCCGAGUUGGAGCAGUACCUGCAGGUGCACUUACACUCAGCAGCUCAUGAAAAAGUAUUGAAAUGUUUCAUGGACUGUCACAACAAGGUAUCAACACCAGAGUACAAAGGGGAUGAGAAGGUGGACAUAGACCAAGCCUUGAAGGAAUUGGAUGACUACAACUUCAUGACAGAAAGAGAGAAGCAAGAAUUCAAUAUGGGGGGAAUGAAGCACGUCCCUUCAGACCUUCCCCUGCCAGAGAGUAAGCGACGCCGCAGUGCCCCGCCGCCACUCACCCCCAUGGGACGCAGCAGUGGAGUCAGCUUGCUCACACUGUGGGAGAACAAGGUAUCCUCAGAACAGUCUCGGCGCUGCCUUGAGUUUCAGGGCCGGUUACGAGCAGAGGGAAAUGUCACCAAGCUCUAUGUCAACCUUCAGAAAGAUAAAGAUAAGGAUGAUGGUGGACCAAGGAAAAAAAAUUGAGCUGAGAUAGGAGUUCUGGAGGGAGAAGAUGGAGGAUAGCAGACCACUGCCAAAUGGUUUAUCCACACCCUGCACAUCGUUCCACCACUCUUCAGACACCUGUGGAAGCACCAGCAAGGCAUUAGUCAUUGAAAACUCUUAAAUUUUCAAGGUAUUUCAUGGGAGGGUGGGGAGGAUGUUAUGUAUGUGAGAUGAUGCUGUGGGGGAGAGAGAGAGAGAGAGAGAGAGAGAGAGAGUACAUAUUACAAGUGAUACCUCAUCAUAACAGACUUUGCAGUAACAGAUUUCACUAAAUAAUGGACUAGUUACAUAUUGGACAAAUUUUUUUGACUAAUGGCAAUAAAAGGAGAAAAAGCAAUUUUUUUUCUAGGUAUCAUUGUUUUCUGUGUUUACACAGCUAAAUACAUGUAUGACACAAUAAACAAGCCAAAAAACUCUAAGAAAAAAUGAAGUGAGUAGAGAAGUGAGAAGAAAUGACACCAUGUCCUUUGCAGUAAGUGAAUGUCAACAACACAUCUGCUCCUCCAAUCGAGCAUUCUCUUCCUAGAAUCACUUGUUACGUUGUAAAUUACUGCCUUAGACUGGCUGUGAAAGUGGCCAUAUGGUGAGGUUGCAGCAGGUUGAUAGCCAGACUGUGUGUGUGAGGGCAGGUCAGACCUGAUUGACGAGUCUAGUCAGAUGGACUUAUCGGGUAGGUCACACUUCCCCACUUUAGGAUGCAGGAAGACGUCUCUACUACAGGAAACGUGCCUUGCUUUUUACCUCAACAAUGAUGUGAAACAAAAAUCAAAAUUUUGGAAACAUCAAUUUAUUUAUAUAUAUAGGAACAGAGGGGGAGAAAGAAAGAAGUUAAGGAGGUGAAAUGGGAUUAGAGAGAGAGGGCAAGCACAUGAUCUAUAGACAGGUAACAAUCGUGGGGGAAUUCUGGUGAAGCCCAGUUCUACAUCUAGACAGCCAGUUUGCAUUUGUGCACGUAUUAAGUUGGUUGGUUGUUUUUGCAUGUGCACACUGAUACAAUUUUUUCAGGUCAUUUUUGUGCUUAAGAAUUUUAUUACUGUACAAUAAUAAGGUGGUUUAAAAGUUCAAAAUAUCUUUUACAUUUUUAAAAGAAUGAAUAAGUGAAGAAAAAAGGGAAAAGGAGCAAGUACAAACCUUUCGACAGACAACUUGUAAUAACGGACACCCCUCACCCCCAAAGGGUUUGUUAUAGUGAGGUACAACUGUAAUUUAUGUGGAAGGCAGUGGCAAGUGACUGGUUUGUAAACAUACUGUGGGGAACAUACUUUGGGGCUGUGGGCUAGAGAGAGAGAGAGAGAGAGAGAGAGAGAGAGAGAGAGAGAGAGAGAGAGAUGGGGGAUAGGUUGGCAUGAUUAAGCAGGUAAUUGUACUUACUUGUAUUGAAUCUGGAUCACCUCUGUAGGGGCUUGGAAUGAUGUUAGUGUCAGGAACUGGGACCAAUUGGGUAAACACAUUCACUGACACAUUAUGCUUGACGUUGUUAAGAUACAGCUGUGUCACUGCAAACCAGCUGGAAAAAUUUUUAAGUUCAAUGUUACCCAAUAUGUAACAAAUUUAAGGAAAAUUAUGUUGUACAUUUUGUAAGCUCAAAAGCAAGCAAUUUUAACUUAUUCCAUAUUUUUUAAAAUUAUCCACUUAUCAUCACUUACACCAUGAUCCCAUCAUAAAAAAAAAAAAAAAAAAGGAUUUUGAGAAUCUAACCUGUUUGGGAUAGUCUCCACAAAGAAGUCAAUGCCAAUGAACACACUCUGGGUAGGUCCCAGGUCCCCAGUGAAGCGUGCCUCAGCCUCACAAUCCUGUUGGAAAAAUAUAAUCAUACAGUUUAAUAAAAUCUCAAGUAUUA